CACAACGUGUUAAUUUAUCAAGUACACCAAAUAUGUCAGCGCCCAUGUGAAAUUUGCCAAAAAUUAAACAUGCCAGUAGAUACAAAAAGAAUUACGGGACCCGAAACAUCUGUUAGUCCGUAUUCUUUCUGCAAGCCAAGAUCUUCAAAAACUCUGGUCAACAGUCAACAAGAGAGGCAUGAUGGUAGAAGUUUGGACAAGAUCAGACCUAUAUUUUUGAAAACUGGUGUUGUGAGUCAAGCACAGGGGUCGGCUUAUAUUGAACAAGACGGUACCAAGGUUAUAUGUGCUGUAUAUGGACCAAGAGCAGUUGUAAGAAGGGAAGAAUUUAGCAUGAAAGGACAAUUAACCUGUGAGUUUAAAUUUACGACUUUCUCGUGUGAACAGCGAAGACAGUAUCAACAAGACAACGAAGAAAAAGAUUACUCGGUACAGUUGUUGGAGGCCCUGGAACCAGCUGUGUUACUCCAUAAAUUUCCCAAGGCACAAGUUAAUAUUUACAUAACAGUUCUACAGAAUGAUGGAAGUGCGCUUGCAGCCUCAGUGACUUGUGCGUCUGUGGCGAUGGCCGACGCAGGAGUUGAAAUGUAUGACCUUGUCGCAGGAUGCUCGGCAAGACUAGCUGGUGAGCUUAUUCUGUUGGAUCCAUGUACUCAUGAAGAAUAUUCAUCAAAGGAGCAUUCAGCUGUAAACAAUGGAAGUGUGACGGUGGGUCUGAUGCCGUCACUAAACCAGAUAUCUGCUGUCACUUCAAAGGGAGAAAUACAGUUUGAACAGAUGAAUAAGGCAAUAACAAAAUGUGUGGAGAUGUGUGUUCAGUUAUAUCCAGUCUGUCAACAAAGCUUGGUGAAGUCGGUCAACACCAGUAUAAAAGAAAAUACUUGAGCAUAAGCAGGAUUUCAUUGUUCAACAAGUGGACUUAAAAAUGUAUAUGAAUGUUCAAGUCAGAAUCUCUUUGGACUUCAUGGAAUGGACCGUUUAAUUCUAAAGUUGCCAUGGGAACAGAUAUUUCACUAAGAAUGAUGUUUUGGUAGAUUCUUUAAAUAUCAAAAUGUUUAUUUUAAAUCCUGUUUUUAAUGACAUGUGAAAUAAACAUUUACAUAACCAUUAAA